AUGCAACAUUAUAAUUUAGAUUUGAAAUCUAAUCCUAAUCCUAGAAAAUUGACCAGGUAAAUCAGCAACAAGAGUGAGUCAGCUUCAAGAUUAUCUGAAAUCUCGGAUGAUAGUAGUAGAUAAAUGAUUGAUCAAAAUCGAAGCAAAUCACAUAAUCGCAACAAUUAAAAACAACCUAGAAUGAUUCUAUAGGAAUAACUAAAUUAAACUAGUAAAGUAACAAGCGAAAUCAAUACCUUAAAAACAACAUUUAAAAAGACUAAAUUUGAUAGUACCUGGAUUCAUUCAAAUUUUUUAAAGGCUUUGAAAUCUGAAAGAAUGAAAUAACAAUUUAUAAAUAAUCUUUUUACAAAUUCAUAUGUUUUAAGGCAAAAUAAAAAAUAGCUCAUACAUGAUAAGUAUAUUAAAAAAAGCAUAAAAUAACCAAUUUUAGGUAUUUAAAUUCUAUAAAUUUAAAGCGACCUAUUCUCAAUCCAAAAUACCGGUUAUCUCACCCACAAGUGGAUUUAUUAUCAUAUGGGAUGCAAUUGGAACAAUUAUUAAUUUUAUAAUUCUCUGGUUAACUCCAUUCCUAUUAUCCUUUUAAUCAUAAUCUGAAAUAUUCUCAUUUUCAGCCCUAUAAUUAUUCAUUAUUUUCUUCUUAAUCAGUGAUAUCUUUGUAACAUUAAAUAAAGGAAUCAUAAUCUAAGGAAUUGUUAUUAAAAAGAGACGAAAAUUAAUCUAAUAAUAUACCUAAACAACUGCAGGUACGGACCUUUUGAACUUAGCGUUAUAGAUUAUGAUUUAAUAGGAUUUAGUUUAAUAUAAAAUCUUAGGGGAAUUCCUUACUUUUUGUUAGUUGAUAGUUACAUAUAGGAAAAUUGUAAAGUAUUUUUCUGAUUAUUUUUUAUUUGCCUUUUUUAAGGGGGCUUCAAGCUUCUUAAUGGAUUUAUUAAGUUUGAUUUUUUCAAUAUUUUUCUUUGCACAUAUUGUUGCCUGUUUUUGGCAUUAUGUAGGAAUAAAAUCUGAAGAAACUUCAUGGCUUAUAAGAUAUGAUUUAAUCAAUGAAUCCCAAUGGAAAUAAUACAAUUAUUCGUUUUAUUGGGCUACAAUGACAAUGACUACAGUUGGAUAUGGUGAUAUAACUGCCCAAAGUUAAUUAGAAAUAAUUUUUGUGGACAUUAUUAUGUUUUUAUCAAGUGGAGUUUUUGCAUAUUCAAUGAAUUCAAUAGGAAUGAUCUUAAAGAACUUAUAAGACUCAAAAAUGAAAUAUAAAAGAUCUUUGUUAUAAAUGAAUACAUUUAUGAGCAAGAAUUAAGUAGAACCUUAAAUUUAGAGUAGAAUUCGAAAUUAUUUGAAAUAUUAUAUAGAGUAGGAACAAAAUGAGAAUUAGGAAGAUGUAAAUAGUUUAAUUUCCUUAUUACCUAAGAAUCUAUAACAAGAUUUAAAUACUGAUAUAUAGACUAAAGUUAUUAAUAAAGAUAAAUUUGUGAUCAACCAUUUUUCAAAAAGAACAUAAUAAUAAUUAUCAAAGAUGUUAGAAUUAGUAAAAUUUACUCCAGGUGAUUAUAUUUAUAAAAAAGGUGAAAUAUCUGAUAAGAACCUCUAUUUCAUUAAGGAGGGAGAAGUUGAUAUUGUUGAUGAAUAAAGUAAGAUGAAAUUUUCAGAACUGCAAUAAAAUUAACCGUUUGGUAUUUAUUAAUUCUUUACCAAUUUUCCGCCUAAGACUUCUGCUGUCAGUGUUGGUUUCUCAAACAUCUAUAAAAUUAGCAGAUAGGACUUUUUAGAUAUUUUACAAUUUAACAGGAAAGAUUUUGAAAAGUUUCAUUAUAUCAAAGAUUAAAUAAUUUUCAAUUCGAAUUAUAGAAUAUUUGAUUUACGAUGUCAAUUUUGUGAUAGAUACAAUCAUUAAGAAGUUGAUUGCCCAAUUUUAACAUACAAACCAGAUCUAGAAUAAAGGGUAUUGAAAAUGGCUUAAUAAUCAAAUGAACCAAACAGAUUAAAAAUAAUUAGAAAACGAAAUAAAGUUAAUACUCUAUGUUAACAUUAAUUGAUUUGUAAUUAAGUUAAUUCGUUUAUGGAAGAUAAUUAUGGCUAUUAAGUUUCAAAUUCUUUACAAGUUGCCAUAGCAGCUCAAAGAUCGAAAAGUAAUAAUUACUCAGAACUAAAUAUUGAGCAUAAAAAAACUACAGGGCUUAUGUUAGAUGAUGGAGAUUAUGAGUAAGCUAAGCAAUUAUUUGCAGAUAGUUCAUAGAAUAGAAUGAUAAUUAAACUUGAUCAAAUUUCAAAUCCAGAUUAAGAUUUUCCUUGUAUGAAGCUAAAUAAAAAGGAAUCUAAUAAUUAAGUUAAAGAGUUUAAUAUGUUAGAUGAAUUAUUUAGCAAUAAUAAAUGGUUUCAUUGUCCUAUUUAAUGUGAUCAAUAUUAAUCAUAUGAGAAUUACUUCCCUUUAGGAAAUAUUGAAUGCAUUAUUUAGUAAUUAGAUAAUAUAAAUACUAAGUAUCAAAAAAAAGUGUAAAAAUAUAUCUAAAGUAUGAAAAAGUAUACUUUUUUUUAUAAAGUAAAAUUAAAAGCACUAAAACUAAGACUGUUUUAUAUGAAAACUCUAAAUAAUGAAUGA